AUGGCAGAUACAGAAUUGUCCAAUGUCCCACACGCCACUUCCAAGGCACCAACAAACCAAGCGGACGUUGAGCAGCAUUCACAAGAUGUCUACACCGACCACAGUAACCAUAGUUCCCACAGCGUAGCACAGCCCAAAGAGACGGAACCAAACUAUCCUGAAGGCAUCCAACUUUUCAUGAUAUGUUUCGGUCUAUGGCUAGCGAUCCUGUGCGGUGGACUUGAUCGCUCCAUCCUCUCUACAGCGAUCCCAAAAAUCACCACCGAGUUCCACUCGCUACCCGACAUAGGCUGGUAUGGUUCGGCGUAUUUACUCACGACGUGUUCUUUCCAACUCAUGUUUGGGAAAUUGUAUGCCGAGCUCAACAUCAAAUGGGUCUACAUGGCAGUUCUGGUCAUAUUCGAAGUUGGCUCCGUUAUUUGUGCAGCGGCACCGAAUUCUAUUGCCAUGAUUAUCGGCCGUGCUGUUGCAGGAAUUGGCUGCUCGGGGCUAAGUUCCGGCUCUCUCAUUAUUCUGGCUCACAGUUUACCGUUGCACAAGAGACCCAAGUUUACUGGUGCUGUGGCUUCUUCGAUGGGAAUUGCUCAGGUUCUUGCACCGACACUUGGGGGUGUGUUUACGGAUCAAGUAUCCUGGCGCUGGUGUUUCUGGAUCAACCUUCCCAUGGGCGGUGUGACCUUAUUUGUCCUCUUAUUCCUUCUCCGCCUCCCUCCCCGCCCCAAGUCCGAGAGGACUUUCAGCCUUACCGCGCUCGCUUCAAAGCUCGACUUUCUCGGCACGGCCAUCGUGGUACCCGCUGUCAUCAGUCUCCUUCUUGCCAUGCAAUGGGGUGGUACGACGUACAGCUGGGGUAACUGGCGCAUCAUCCUCUGCCUGUGUCUGUUCGGGAUCUUGACUAUCGUCUGGCUUUACCAUCAAUACCGAAGGGGCGAGAAGGCAACAGUUCCCACGCGCCUUUUAAGAGAGCGUACGAUGGCUACUGCCAUCAUUUUCACUUUGACCGGAUUCUCGAACCUCUACCUGCAGCUCUAUUACAUACCCAUUUGGUUUCAGUCCGUCAAGGGCGAUUCCGCCCAGCAGUCGGGAAUCAAUGUUUUAGCUAUGACGGCGUCCAUGACAAUCGCAACGGUGUUGUCAGGGUUCUUUACCAGCAAAAUCGGCUACUACGUGCCGUCGAUGAUUCUAUCUACUGCCAUGAUGUCGGCUGCGGCAGGCAUGACCUAUACAUUCAGCAUCUCAACCAGCACCGGAUUUUGGGUCGGUGCCCUCAUUCUACUAGGUUUUGGUACAGGGGCCGGCGCUCAAUCCCCUCUCAUGGCCUUGCAAACCGUCUUCGAAGCCAAGGAUAUGGCCAUCGCAACCUCAGUGUGGAUGUUCUUCCAGUCGCUCGGCUCCAGCAUUUUUGUCAGCAUUGGUGCCAAUGUCUUCCAGUCUCGUCUCGUCGAGAGCUUGCAGGCUAUUGUGCCCGAAGUCAACCCGGCAGUCAUAAUUGGCAACGGCGCAUUUGGAUUGAGCGAAGCGAUGGAGCGGGUGUAUCCACAGUUCGUGGACGGGAUCCUGCUGGCGUAUGAUAAGGCGGUGCAGAGGGUGUUUUUGGUUGGACUUAUUAUGGCUUGCUUGUCGAUUUUUGGCAGCGCGGCGAUGCCGUGGAGAGAUGUGAGGAAGGGGGAGCAGAAGAAGAAUGCAAAUGAGGUGGAAGGGGAACAGAAAGAGGAAGUCAAGAAAUGGGACGAGAAUGCUCCAGAGGUUGUGGAAUAA